UCCAAGGUCUGUAUACAAAAUGUGAUUUAUAACUAUGCCCUAUGGAAAAGAGCACCCCAUUCUUGUCUUUUUGUGUUACAGAUUUGUCUUGUACAAUUUCUCAUUGAAAAUUGCCUCAGGAUAUUUGGAGAAGACAUCACUUCCCUCUUGGGCGAGAACUCAAUGAGUCGUGGUAACAGCGAGAAGGCUGCAGGUACCGGGAGUAUUUUAAUUGGCUUUAGUGAGAAGCAGACAGCAAGGUUGCCAGGGGUCAUGGGAGAUGCUUAGACAGAGCUGUUCUGGAGCCCAGAGCAUCGCCAGGGCAAGGAUUUCCAUGGGCUCCUUCUUCCGAAGGCUGGCUCACUGGUCGGGGGAGGUUCCACACUGUUGUGAGACCAAAGAAAGGACAAGAUGAGAUGUCUGACUUAAAGAAGUUUCUAGUGUAGAUCAUAAGGGCAUUAGGACACUUCAUGGUAUGCUACAGUGUUUGGGAAUUUUUUCUAACAAAAUUCUAAAUGGGUUCUCUCUCUCUCUCUCUAUAUAUACACAUAUAUAUAUAACAUCAUACAUAUAUAUGUAGUUAUAUAUAUAUAAUAUAUAAUUAGAUACUUAUUCUAUAUAAAUAUAUAAUCAUAACAUAUAUAUUUAUGUAUAUUAGAUGUGCUCUGGUUGAAUCCAGAGCAAGGGCCUUUCUUCCCCUCCCUCCUCUUUUGGCUCAGGGGCUCUUGAGGCACCACAGGAAUCCAGUGCCCUUUGAAUCGGGUUGAAAAGAACUGGGCAUCAUUGAGAAAAAAGGACUUGACUUGAUGUCAAACAACCUCUCCAGAGUGUAAAUUCCUAUGCCCCCAUUUCCCAGCUAUAUUAUAUUUGGCCAGUUAUUCCAGCUCAGCAUCAGUUUAUUCAUCUCUAAAAUGUAGGUAAAAAUAAUGUCUAAAUCUUAGAAUUGUGGUAAACACUCUAUAAGAUGAUGGAUGUAAUCCAAGAAAAACCCAUUAAUAGGAGUAGCAGAAGUGCUCCUGACACCAGAGGUAGUAUGAUUUGAGCCUAGCUAAUCACAGCUACCUGGCAGCAGUCCACCUUAGAAGGUAGACUUUCGAUUCAGAACCUGGAGACACGUAUCAUCAAUCCCUCCAUAUUUCUGACAUUUCUUGGUUUUAUGAUGCUUACCACAUUGCUUUGAGGAAAUCUAUAGGAAAAUACAAGUCAUUAGGAAUUAAGAUGAGCCUGGAGCACAUGGGUGGCUCAGUUGUUAAGUGUCUGCCUUCAGCUCAGGUCAUGAUCCGGGGGUCCUGGAAUCGACCCCCGCGUUGGGCUCCCUGCUCUGAGGGAAGCCUGCUUCUCCCUCUCCCCCUCCCCCUGCUUGUGUUCCCUCUCUCGUUGUCUCUCUCCCUCUGUCAAAAUAUGAAUAAAAUCUGUAAAAAAAAAAAAAAAAAAAGGAAAAAGAAGGUUCAGCGUAUUAAACAACAACUACUACUACUAGUACUCUCUCUUCUUCUUAGACUCCGGCCGGAAGACUGUGAAAAGCCAUUUUUUCAGAGACAGGGCCUUUUGGUGGGGCUCCCGCACUUGCCAGCUCACCCAGUGCACAGCCCCACCUUCCGCAAAGCCAGGACAGCUCUUUGGAGUUUCCCUCAUGGAUAUCUGUGAUAAAGACAACCUGCCCUUUCCAAUUCUGGAUAUGCUUUCCUUUAUUAAUCAAAAAGGGCCACUCACAGAAGGCGUCUUCCGCAAAUCAGCCAAUAUAAAAUCCUGCAGAGUCCUAAAGAAAAAACUAAAUUCUGGGGUCAAAGUGAACCCGUACAGUGAAUCUGUUCAUGUGGUCGCAUCCGUCUUAAAGGACUUUCUUAGAAAUAUCCAAGGAAGUAUAUUUUUAUCCGAUCUCUAUGACAAAUGGCUCAGUGUUAUUGAUCAAGGCAACAAAGAGGAGAAGAUAACUGCAGCCCAGAGGUAAUGAUGCCAUAAUUACUCUACUCUGGUCACAUCUCCAAAAUACACCCAACAUACUAUCAGGAAAACAUUGGCUUACGUUUUGCAGCUUUGCCUACUAAAAUCAUGACCAACGCCAAAGAGUUUCAAUUCUUCACACCCAUGGGGUCCAGCUUCAGAAUAGAGGCAUGCUUUAGGGCUAUUAUUGUUCUUCUCCUGAUCUUAUUAAUGUGGACUCCUUGGCCAUUUUACCCCUUCUGGAUCCAUGAAAGUGGUAGACGAAAUUCCCUGGUCCAAGACAGAUGCUAGAGCAUUGACUUCCAGGGCUAUGACCUUAAAAGUCUGUGAAACAUUUAACUAAGCAGAGAAGUUGUUAUCUGGCUCAGGAACUGAAUUCAGUGCAACAAUUUUGUAUACCUUCACCUGGAACUCUGCUAGAGCGGGUUGUGUGCUAGAUAUACAAGGAUGUACCCUGUACCCUGUCUCUUUUUCCAACCUCUUAAGUGGGAUCACUUACCUAAUUUAAAAGUGUGUUUUUCUGACUUUAGGCUUUUAGCCCAGCUGCCAAGAGCAAAUGUUGUUCUCUUGCGAUACCUUUUUGGAGUGCUAUACAACAUUGAGCAACAUUCCUCAUCCAAUCAGAUGACAGCUUAUAAUUUAUCCGUUUGUAUAGCCCCAAGUGUUCUUUACCCACGUGAUUCCAGCAGCUUGGAAUUGGAAGACAACUUGAUAAGAAAGGUAAUGAGAGCUCUCAUUUUUGUCCCCCAGGGGGUAGAAUCCCUACUUUGAACCAGACAAGUGCAGUAGUAACUCUGACGGAUGGAACUU